GAGAGAGGAAGAGGACCAGUGGGGGGAUGGUGAGAGCAAGGGAUUGAAGAAGGGAGGGCUGAAGACUGUAUGUGAGAGAGAACGAGGGAGGGGGGAGGUAACGAAGAACCGAGACACACAGUGUAGCAGGAAUCGCCACAGAGCUGCCGAGGGUCUUUCCAUGAAAGCGGAAACGCUCUCACACACGCACGGGCGGUGAAAGGCUUUUCAGAUGAGCCCAUAUUUUGAGUGACCCGAGAGAAGAGGAGAACCAUUUUUCCUGCGUCUCUGUCUGUCCCAUGAGCAGCCAUGCCUGUUCUCUCACCUACCACAGGUUUACAUGAGAUGCUAGCCCUCCUCACUUCGCAGCUGCAUCCAGAUGCUAAUCAUAAAGAGGACAUGGUUUUCCUCAGGGAGGUCUUCAGUGAGAGGAGCCUCAGCUAUCUUAUGAAAAUCCAUGAGCGACUCAGGCAGUUCCAGCUCCAGAGCCCGACCCCAGUGCUCCACAGCGCAUCCUGCCUGGCCGAAGAUGUCGCAGAGGAGCUACAGAACGGACCACUGGAAGAAGAUGAGAGAGAGCUAUUAACACUUCUUACUGCUCCACAUGUGAAGGCAGUGCUAAUAGUACAUGACACAGUGGCGCAGAAGAACUUUGAGCCUGUGCUCCCCCCUCUGCCGGAUGAUCUAGACGAUGAACUAGAGGAGGAAUCAGUGAAGAUUGUGCGUUUGGUGAAGAACAAGGAGCCUCUUGGUGCGACCAUCCGCAGGGAUGAAGUAACUGGGGCGGUAGUGGUUGCUAGGAUAAUGAGGGGCGGGGCUGCAGACCGCAGUGGUCUGGUACAUGUUGGAGAUGAGUUGAGGGAGGUCAAUGGAAAUCUAAUUAUACACAAACGUCCUGAGGAGAUCAGCCAGGUUCUGUCUCAGUCUCAGGGCUCGAUCACUCUGAAGAUAAUCCCUGCCAUUAAGGAGGAGGAUAGAUUCAAGGAGAGUAAGGUCUAUUUAAGAGCCCUGUUUGAUUACACACCAUUUGAAGACAAGGCCACACCCUGUCAGGAGGCAGGACUGCCUUUCACAUGUGGGGACAUCCUGCAGGUGGUGAGCCAAGAUGACCCAACAUGGUGGCAGGCCAAAAGAGUGGGAGAUAGCAACCUGCGUGCUGGACUCAUUCCUUCAAGACAGUUCCAGGAGAGACGACUGUUGUAUAGGGUGAAAAUGGGAACACACCAGAGCCCUAAAUCACCUAGAGCAUCACCAUGUGACCAAACUUGUGAAAAAGCUGGUCUAAGGAGAAGCUUCAGACUGAGCCGCAAGGAUCACCAGGGUUCAACCAAAGAGUCUCAUCCAGCGGAGUCCACAGAGAGUGAGUUUCUCAUAUAUGAAGAGGUUACACUAUAUCAGAUGAGACCCCAAGACAAACCAAGACUUGUGGUGCUGAUAGGAUCUCUUGGUGCUCGAAUCAAUGAGCUGAAGCAGAAGGUGAUUGCUGAGAAUUCUCAUCGAUAUGGUGUUGCUGUGCCACACACAACCAGACCCAGGAAGAGCCACGAGAAGGAAGGUGUAGAAUACAACUUCAUCUCCAAGCAAGCCUUUGAGGCUGACAUCCAAUCGAAUAAGUUUAUUGAAUAUGGUGAAUAUAAGAAUAACCAAUAUGGGACAAGUCUGGAGUCUAUCCGGAGUGUCCUGGCGAGAAAUAAAGUGUGUCUAGUAGAUGUUCAACCUGAGGCCCUGAAAAUCCUCCAUACAGCAGAGUUUAAGCCCUAUGUGAUUUUUGUAAAGCCACGCAUCCCUGAGAUUCGUCGGCAACGUAGCUCUCCCACAUCACCAGGAAGGGGUGACAAUGGACACAUCACAGAUGAAGACCUGCAGGACAUGAGGCAGUCAGCCGAGCAGAUGGACCAGCAAUAUGGCCACCUAGUGGACAGGGUACUGGUAAAGGAGGACUCUGCCAGUGCCUGUGUAGAGCUGAGGAAUAUUCUGGAACGACUCGAGAGGGAGCCGCAGUGGGUGCCUGUCAGCUGGGUCCGAUCUUGAUCCUCCCUCCUUUCUUAAAUUCAAACGCUCACAUAUGGUGUAAUGAAAACAUGUAAUGAACCUCUCUGCCUCUUUCUGAGUCUGCUGUCUGCCAGUUUCCGUUUCAUCCUGUUCGACUGAAGUAAUACAAAGCAAAACACAAGUGCCAUCUGACUUGUUGAAACUGGGUGUUGUACUGCGCUAGUGGUGAAGAUUUCUGUUCAUAAGACUUUGCAUGAAAGUAGCAUUGACGAGAAGAAAUGUAUCAUUAAUAGCUGAAAUAAUUUGUUUUCUGUGGAACAAAUGGUUGUCCUUAGUUCUGUCGAGUGAGCUGCACAAAAAAAAAAAAACAUCAGAUGAGGACAGGAUCACUUGAAUGAGAGGACAAACACUGACUCAGGUUUACUCACUGUGUCAAAGCUGGUUUCUGCCAGGCAAACCAUCGAGUGUGAAAGUCUCUUGUUUUGAUAUCUUAAACUUAUGCUGGCUGUGUAUAUUUAGUCAAAUGUAAAUGGGAAUGAUGUAAAAUAUCAUACUGUAUAUUUGCAAACAAUUUCAGUGUUUAUACUUGUGUAAAAUAACAUUUCGUAUUUGGUCACAGCCUGUCAUAAUUUAGUUGUAAUUGUCAAAGUUUUUGUAUCAAACUGAUGACUAUGAUGUCUGUGUAGUUUAUUAGACAAAUUCUACAUUAUAGUCAAAGAGCAUAAGGCAUGUUAACAUCUUUAUGGCCAUAUAGUACUGUUCAAAAUGUUAUGAAUGUGUACCCUUUUAGAAUAUAUGGAGUAUUUUUGAAUGUAAAUUGUUAUAAUAAAAAUU